GUUGAAUUGUGUUGGUGAGGUGAAUACUAUUGUGUUGGUAUUGGUAUCAAAAUAAUGGAAAAUAUUCCUUUUAUAUUACGGAAAUCUUAAUUAACCGUCAUCAAAAUGGAAGCAGAGAUCAUGGUGGAAGCAUUGCCACUUUUGGGCAUAUGUAAUUUAUGUCUAAACGAAGGUGUUGUAAAGAGUAUGUUACUGACACAAAGUUUGGAAGGUAGCAAGCAGACUUAUAUUGAAAUGCUGUACAAAUGUUUUUCUAUAGACGUUCUCCUAUUACCCCUGGGUGACACGAAGCGUCUGAUCUGUGAGCUGUGCAUCGCCAGACUGCUGGAGUCGCUCAAGUUCAAGGAGCAGGUCGAGGUGGCUCUCAGCAACUUGCAGGCCAUCGCUAGAGAUCAUAGACCUGCAAAGGAAUAUGUCCCUCUAACGGACGUGAAGAAGGAAACAUCUGAUGAAGCGGAUGAUGAUCUCGACAGCCACUUUUGUGAGGAAGACGACAUAGCAUUAACCGAAUUCCAAGUUAAAUUGGAGCUUAAAGAGGAGAUGAAAUCAAAAAAGUCUAUCGUGAAGUCAACAAUGAAAUAUGCCGUUAAAAAAAAAGAUUUGGACGAAACUGAAUCUAUGCUGCGAUUGGGACUAUUCCCAUUCAAAUUGAAAAAGAACAACACAUUUUCCUGUGCUAUAUGUCCGGAGAAGUUUAAAAACUUAGACGAUCUAAAGAAACACAUAGUCGAACACAAGCCCACAAAUAUACAUGUUGCAUUCAAGAAGAGCAUGUUCUCGAACGCGCAUAGAUAUUACAAAUCCGGCAACGUGUUGAGAUGUAAAAUUUGCACCACAGACAUACGGAAUUACGACGAACUGAAAAAUCACAUGGUGAAUUGCAGUCAAUUGAAAUUUAGUAAAAAAUGGAACAAUCUACCGUUCAAAUUGGAGAAAGACCAACUGGACUGUCCUAUAUGUAAGAAGACAUUUUUGAAUUAUGUCAAUUUGAACACACAUAUGAAUGUACACUAUCCCAAUUAUAUAUGCGAGAAUUGUGGUAAGGCAUUCGCCUCAAAGGCCAGAUUACGUGGUCACAUGAGAACACAUGAAGUGGGUCACUUCCCGUGUAGACACUGCGAUGCAGUUUUCGACCGGGUGACAAAGAGGGAGAACCACGUGUCGAAAGAGCACAAAGCUGGCGUCAGGUACGCCUGUAAAAGAUGCAACAUAUCACUUACAUCCUUCUACGCUAGACAGAAACAUUUGGCCGAAGUGCACAAUGAAGAAUUGAAGCGGUACAAGUGUAAAGCGUGCCCACAAAGCUACAUAACCCCAGGACAUCUGUCGAGCCAUGUUAGGCGUGAUCAUUUACAUGAGCGCAAUCACAAAUGUGAUAAAUGUGAUUUGGCAUUCUAUACUAAGAACGCUUUGAAGAUGCACAUGAUAAAACAUGACGGGGAGAGAAUCCACACAUGCCAUAUUUGUCAGAAGUCGUAUCAGAGGAAGAAAACAUUAAGAGAACAUAUGAGAAUUCAUAAUAACGAUAAGAGAUUUGUGUGUCCUGUGUGCGGGAGGGCGUUCACGCAAAAAUGCACCUUAAAGGGACACCUUAAGGUUCAUGAUAGAAAAUUAGAUUUGGAUGAUAGGAUGAUGCAACCGUUGCAUUCAAUUUAGGACUAACAUUUCUACAAUUAGACGACGAGGGAUAGAAGAUGUAUGUCUGUCCCGUUUCUUCUCGUGUAUUUUUACUGGCCUUUGCCCGCGAGAAUUUAUUAUUUAAAAAAGAAAGUAUUGCAUUAGGAGUGAAUGAAUGAAAUUGCUAGUGUUGUAGUGAAAUCGAUUGUUUUAUUAUCUAUAGUAAUUUUGUGAUUAAAACUAAAAUAUAACGAGAUCUAAUCAAAAUAAGAAAAUUUAAAUAAUCAAAUAAGAACCAUAUUGUCUCGAUAAGUUGAUAAUCUCUAUCAAUACUAAGUCAGUAUUUUUCUUACAAGUCCCAAACAAUAUUCACAAUACUUUAUUGUAAAUUUCUUUGAUAAUAAAUUAAAUAUCAGUAACUUAUGUAUUCUAAAGUAAAACAACAUAUGUUAUUGACCACGAAAGUAAUUACCUAAAAAGUCAAUUUUAAUCUAUAUCACUGUAAAAUCGUAAAAAUACAUUAUUUACAUAGAUUUUUUUACAUAAUAAAAUCAGAUCAAUCUGAAAAAGAUAAUUUCCCAUGUUGACCUGACCGGGGAUCUAACCCGGGACCUCCAGUGUAGCAGUCCGGCUUGAUGAUCAUAUAAAAUGAAAUUUUAUAUGAUUUCUCAUCUAUUAAUAAGUGAUACUAGUAACCGGUCUGACGAUUAGGGUUGCUGGCGAAGUGAAAACGUAAAACUAGUGAUUUCAUUGCAACACAAUCAAUUCGAUACAAAAGUCGUUAGCAAAAUUUGUGUAUUUUUACAAAUGGCAAUAUUUUUGUUUUGUUUAGUUUUUUGUCUUCCUCUACUGAAUUGAAACAUCACAAACGAGCUGCAAUAUUAGAAUGUAUAUAAUUUUAUUUAAUUCUCAUGAAUAAAACUGUUUUUUUUUUUCAUGA